CUAUACAUUAAUCAAACAUAUCUCUCAUCAAUCUUUUCUUUUUUUUUCUUUUCAUAAUUUUCCUUCAAUUUCUCGAGAAAAUUUCUAAUCCUAUUCUACUUAUCUUUAUUACACGCCGAGGGCCACGGGCCGAACCUCCAUCCCUCCCGAUUCGGACAAUGGAAUUGGCGCAAUUAACAACACCAUUACAAGACUCCUCAGCUUUCAUUCCAUCCGUGACCGUUUACGCUUCAAGAGAAACCCUAACUACAGUCAGACGAAGGGCCUAAUAAAACCGUGUCUCCACCGCUACUGGCUUCACCAUUUGUUGCGGAAUAUCAUACAGUUUUGAAGUUUUUGGCUAUUUAUCUAAAAAUGAAUACUUUUCUUCCUGUUAUUUAGGCGAUUUCUUGGUUUGGUGAAAGCUUCAUCAAAUGAUAGUCUUUUUCUAUAUAGCAUCACAGCUCGUGGCAAUAUACUGUAGCAGAUGGUUAAAAAAUAUGAGUUUCAUGCAUGUACUUGACGGGGUUGAACUGCAUCCACCAAUAUCUGAUGUUUCAUGCGAUGGUCUUGCUGCCAGGACUGCUAUUGUUGGAGAUGAUUCUGCAUUGCCUCCGCCUCAAGGCAUAGCUGGACAAAGAGGUUUGGCAGGCCCUAUUCUUGUUUACAAGUUGGAAAGUCAGGUUGCUGGAGCUAGCUGCUGCUGCUGGCCUUUCCCUUUCUUAAGUUACUCUGUUACUGCAGAAGCAAAUCGUGCAUCUGAAAUGGUUGGGAAAAUGGGUGUUGCCUUAUCUGUUUGUACACUGCCUGGGCAGGUUUCAUCAUGUUGUCUGGGUUCUGGAAAAAUGGAACUUGGUCUUGAGAUUAAUUUGUCAGUUUUUAUCUUGAGUUGGUUGCUUCUGAUGCUGUGCACAUUAAAGUGGUCAAGUAUUCUUGUGGAUCUUUUACAGGGCCACUGCUUACACAUUGUGAAUCUGGUGCUGUUGUUGUGGACCUUCAACUUGUAGUUGUAGUGUCUCU